CAAUUUUUCUGUUUUGCUUUGUUUGAUAAAUAAAUUUUGUGCAAAGUUUAUGGUUAAAAGUAUUAAAAAACUUAAAAACUAUUUAUUUUAACAAUAAAAUAAUUAAUGGAAACUUAUAAUCCAUUUAAAACAUUAUCGUUUGCAAAGAAAAAUUAAAACUUGUAAAACAACUUUAGCUAGAAAGCCCUAUUUCAUCAGUAUAGAACACAAACUUUUGACUCCCUGCAUUUAUUUCAAAGAAAAAUUAUAAAUAAAAAAUUUCACCAGAACCAUCCUUAACAUAAUAGGAGAAUGGAAGAUUGCCACAGAGAACAUAUUCGCAAGAAUAUCAACGAACUUAUUCGUACAACAAAAUACGAACCUCUUAUCAAUGCAUGCGAAUAUAAAAGGAUUAUAUCGAAUGUAAUGCGAUCACGUAUCGAGAAUCUUCCCGAUGCCGAAGAAGAUGAAAAACACAAAGAACUCUUUAUGAAAUUAACCAAACGAGGACCCACUGCCUACGAUGAGUUGGUUAAAAUCUUAGUUGACUUAAAAUUCGAUACUGCUGCCCAGAUUCUACGGGCUCCUAAAUACGAUGGCUCACAUAUUUCAAUGCAUGACCGUAACACUUCUUCAACAAAACCAAUUCCCAUUGAGAAACCACAAAUACCAGAAAACCCUCUGCCGACAUGUGUUCCAGAAGGUUGCUAUCCUUCAAAAGAUAUCACUGACUCUAAACAUCAACUAGUGCCAUUUACCAAGAAAAUCGAUUUGCCACAACCUUUCGAAGUGAAAAAAUCCAAAGUUAUUCAUUAUGACCGAAUGCUGCCAAUCUACUCAAUGAAAUCCAAAAACCGUGGAGUCUUUUUCAUGGUUAAUAUCAUUGAAUUCCCCAAUAGGGAGAAGAAAAUUCGUUCUGGUGCUGAAGUCGAUUCAAAGUACUUGUUGCGUUUGUUCCAAGAAUUGGGAUUUGUCAUUUUCGAGUAUACAAAUUUGACUAAAAAAGAGUUCUUUGAUCGUUUGACUGAGUUGAGGGAUUCGCAUUACUUGGCAGAAACCGAGUCGUUUGUAUUGACUUUGAUGUCUCAUGGAGAAAUGCAAGACGAUAUGCACGACAGAGUAGAAUUCAGCGGAGGAGCUAUAUGUAAGGUGAAUGAAAUUGAAGACUUCUUUUCGAAUAGGGAAUGCAAGAGUCUUAGGGAUAAGCCUAAAGUGCUUAUCUUUCCAUUUUGCAGAGGUGAUGCUCCAGAUUAUGGAUUCGCUCGUAUUGAAACUGAUAGUAUAGCUCAGGUUGCGCCGAGAGUGAGUAGACAAAUGGAAACUCGUUCGGAUAUGCUUGUUUGUUAUGCAUCCGUUAGAGGCUUUCAAGCACUGCGAGACCCAGAAGAAGGUUCUUGGUAUAUUCAAGCUUUUUGUAAGGUUCUUGCUGAACAUGCACAUGACACGCACAUUGAAGAUAUGCUAAAACUGAUUGGAGAAAAAUUGAAAUCAUUACGUUCCCAAGAAGGCUAUCUACAAACCCCAGCCUAUUAUAAUCAUGGAUUUAAUAAGUUAUUGUUUUUCAAUCCAGGAGUAUAUGAAGAAGAGAAACGUCUUGAAUAGAAUGUUUCUCUUCGUGAUACAAAUAUUAAGUAACAAAACAAAUAUGUAUUCCACAUUUUACACCUUGUUCCAGUGUUGGACAUUUUUUUAACAUUUAUACAAAUAUUUUUAGAUUUAAGAAAAAAAAAAACGAACUGAUCUUAUAAACUUUUGUUAACAAAUUUUUAUAAUGGAAAAAAAUU